CGAGCGCCGAGGCUCCCGAAGCGGGUGAGGCGACCUCGGGGAGUGGGGACACACAGCCCCGGUCUCCCUUAUCGGGGCCCGCUCAGGUCAGCUGGGCCCGGGAGCCCCUCUAGCGUCCUCUGCCCACACCGGCCAGAAGCCCACAGGCGGCCGUUGCCUGGGUUCCGUUUUCUGUGGCGGGGAAGCGCCGGUCCGUACCCACAGGAGACCCCACGCCCUCCAUGCGAGGACGCCCCGCGCCUCCUCCCCACCACAGUCACUGUCUGCAGACCGUCUGGCCCGGGGCUGGGUAUCCGAGUGAGGCGAGCGGAGGAACUAUGGGAAGAAGAGGGGGAAAAUGGGGCAUCCGUAGGGCGUGGAGGAGAGCGGUCCCAAGCCCUGGGGCCCCAGCCUUCUGCGAAAGGCCGUCCCUGUUCCCAGCACCCGAGGGCUAUAAUCCCUCCCGCGUGUCCAGAAGCUUGCUUCGGCACCUCCCUCCCUCCCACUGCACUGCCGGUUUUCCUGGGUUACCAAGGAGAAACCAGCGCCUCUACACCCCAGAUCCCUACCUGUAUCAAGGACCUGCCAGUCUGAGAAGUUUCUUGUCAUAAGGCCAUCCAGGGGCCACCCGCCCCUACAUUACCAGCCUCCAGCAUGCAGGAUACCGUAACAACAUCAGCAUUGUUGGACCCCAGCCACUCCUCAGUCUCCACCCAGGACAAGUCCUCCACUGGCGGACACACUUCAAGCACAGGCCCACAGCCCUCAAAGCCUUCAAUCACACCAGUCUCUGCAAAGUCCAGGAACCCACAUCCUGGGGCCAAUUUCCAUCGGAUGCGCCGGAUCAUUGCUGAGGAUCCUGAGUGGUCACUGGCCAUCGUGCCCCUCCUCACAGAGCUCUGCAUUCAGCACAUCAUCAGGAACUUCCAGAAUAACCCUAUCCUGAAGCAGAUGCUCCCGGAACACCAGCAGAAGGUCCUGAACCACCUGUCCCCUGACCUACCACUGGCUGUGACCGCCAACCUGAUAGACAAUGAGAACUACUGGCUCCGCUGCUGCAUGCAGCGCUGGCCCGUGUGCCACGUGGCCCACCAUGGCGGCAGCUGGAAACGCAUGUUCUUCGAGCGGCACCUGGAGAACCUGCUAAAGCACUUUAUCCCAGGCACCACGGACCCCGCGGUGAUCCUCGACCUGCUGCCCCUCUGCAGGAAUUAUGUGCGCAGGGUCCACGUCGAUCAGUUCCUUCCGCCGGUGCAGCUCCCGGCCCAGCUCCAGCCAGGCGACCAGUCGGACUCAGGCAGCGAGGGAGAGAUGGAGGAGCCCACCGUUGACCACUAUCAACUGGGCGAUCUGGUAGCUGGCCUGAGCCACCUGGAGGAGCUGGACCUGGUGUACGAUGUCAAGGACUGCGGCAUGAAUUUCGAGUGGAAUCUCUUCCUCUUCACCUACCGCGACUGCCACUCCUUGGCAGCCGCCAUCAAGGCGUGCCACACCCUCAAGAUCUUCAAGCUGACCCGAAGCAAGGUGGAUGAUGACAAAGCACGCAUCAUAAUUCGAAGUCUUCUGGACCACCCAGUCCUUGAGGAGCUGGACUUGUCACACAACCUCAUUGGGGACCGUGGUGCACGAGGUGCUGCCAAGCUGCUGAGCCACAGCCGCCUGCGUGUGCUCAACCUGGCCAACAACCAGGUGCGUGCGCCUGGUGCCCAGUCGCUGGCUCAUGCUCUGGCACACAACACCAACCUCAUUUCCCUCAACCUACGUCUCAACUGCAUCGAGGAUGAGGGUGGCCAGGCUCUUGCCCAUGCCUUGCAGACCAACAAGUGCCUCACCACACUGCACCUCGGUGGCAAUGAGCUGUCUGAACCCACCGCCACACUCCUGUCGCAGGUGCUCGCCAUCAACACCACACUCACCAGCAUCAACCUGUCCUGCAACCACAUCGGGCUGGACGGUGGGAAGCAGCUCCUGGAAGGCAUGUCGGACAACAAGACCCUCCUGGAAUUUGACUUGCGCCUGUCAGAUGUGGCCCAGGAAAGCGAGUACCUCAUUGGCCAGGCCCUCUAUGCAAACCGAGAAGCAGCCCGCCAGCGGGCCUUGAAUCCCAGCCACUUCAUGUCAACCAUCACUGCCAAUGGCCCUGAGAACUCUGUGGGAUAAAAUGACCUGACUUGGA